AUGAUUCGUGCAGUUGUGCUGCAAAAGAAGAAGAAGAAGAAGAAAAAUUUUCAGUAGUGCCCCCGCGAUAGCUUUCCGGGACCGCUCCGCCGCUUUCCGUCUACCUUUUCCCCCACUAGGCCCCGCCCUCUCUCUCUCUCUCUCUCUCUCUGAAAACCCAUUUGCCAUGGCCUCUUCAAGGAAAUGGGCAACCACCAUAUCCUUCGCUGCUUCGUGUAUCUAUUUCACUGUCAUCAUCAUUCAGAUUCCUCUUUUCAGUGUCCCGUGUAGAUCUGGAACAUGUACAUCACCAAUAGCAGUCACAGCCCCUCAGCUGAUGGCAUGUGAUCUGUUUCCUUUAGUUGCAAUAAAAGCACUAGUCUACCCAGGUGCCAUUGCAAAUGCAUUGGUGAAAAAUGAAGCAAUUCCAAGCUAUAGUAACUUGAAGUUACAUAACCCCUCUGCUGUAAAGGCAGCUGAUGCAAUUGCUGAUCUCCAGCGCCUAGAGGUUCUGGUUGGAAGCUACCUGUCAGUCGCUGGAGCAUUCUGUGGACUUAUAAAACCAUGGAGAAUGAGCUUCUAUGGAGUGCUUCUUAUCCUAUGGGGCCUUGUCAAGGAAAUUAUAUUGAGCAAAUCAGCUAGUCCAAAUCUUAUAUACAUCCACCCAGCAAUGUCAAUUGCCGUCUGUUCUGCCUUCUUGUCUCUAGCUAAGGAUGUAAGGAGGAUAAUUCGAAGUUGCAGAGGUCUUCAGAUUGUAAAAGAAAAACGUUUAUGAGUACAUGACGUCUUCAGAAAUCAUUAGUUUGUUUCGAACUCUUUUGACUAAUUGUGUUUGAGGAAAGAAACCAAUUUUGAUGUAAAAAGUUCAUCUUUCUUUACUCUAGUUCAAGAGAAAGGAACAGAUCUACUCCUGUGAUGCUAGCAAAACCAGUAUUGUCGUUGAACUGACUGCAUUUAGAGAGGAAUUUUAAUGGAGAGUUUUCUAAAGCUAUUG